AUGUAUGUGGGCUACCUCUUGGAUAAGGACUCUGCCAUGUACCCCAGCCCUGCUCGGCCCCCCAGCCUGAGCCUGAGCCCGCAGAGCUACGCGCCCGCGCCCCCUCAGUACCCGGACUUCGCCAGCUACCACCAUGUGCCGGGGAUCCCCGGAGACCCCCAGCACAGCCAGCCCGCGGGCGCCUGGGGCUCUCCCUAUGCACCCAGCAAGGACGACUGGCAUUCGUAUGGGCCCUCGGCCGCCAGCCCGGCGCAGCUGGGCUUCGGCCCCCCGGAUUUCAACCCCCUGCAGCCUCCCGGCUCCGGACUCCUCCCGCCACCCAUGCCGCAGCUGUCCCCCGGCGCGCAGAGGCGCACGCCCUUCGAGUGGAUGAGGCGCAGCACCCCCAGUGGCAGCAGUGGCGGAUCUGGCAAGACCCGAACGAAAGACAAGUACCGCGUGGUGUACUCGGACCACCAGCGCUUGGAGCUGGAGAAGGAGUUUCAUUUCAGCCGCUACAUCACCAUCCGGCGCAAGGCAGAGCUGGCGGCUGCCUUGGGGCUCACCGAACGGCAGGUGAAAAUCUGGUUCCAGAACCGGCGAGCCAAGGAGAGGAAGGUGAACAAGAAGAAGAUGCAGCAGCAAACGCAGCCCGCCAGCACCACGACGCCCACCCCGCCGGCCAUUGGCACCCCGGGCCCCAUCGCCGGCAUCUGCAGCAGCACCACCGGCCUGAUCUCGUCGUCGCCGCUGGCUAUCAAGGAAGAGUUCCUGCCUUAACCCGGCUGCUCCAGACUCAGACGCCAGCCCCCUGCGGCCAAACGGUGCUCGAGAGCGGCCACCCCUUCACCGAGGCAUGCCGCGGCGGGGCCUGAGCCAGCCGAGGGGGCCCCCGCUGCAGAAGUGUCGUGGGCUCAGUUCUCUGUAUAGACCCAGUAGGUUAGUGACUGUUGCUCUGUUUUAGGAAACACAGCCUGAU